AUGACUGAAGAGGAAGAUGAGGUCCUCUGCAAUGGAGAGGAGAAACUGGACACGCUGCCUACAUCUGUCUUUGAAAUGCAUAUGACUGGCCACAGCUACAGCAUCUAUAAUGCAGCCUAUGUGGUGGCACAUGCUUUGCAUGACUUACAUUCAUCCAUCAGAAAGUUCAGAGCAGGUGAACAUGAAACCAGACUGAACCUUCUGAAGCAACCACUGUGGAAGGUCCAGCCACAUUCUCUGUGUAAUGGGAAGUGCCAUUCAGGUUACAGUAAGAGCAAGAUAGAAGGGAAGCCAUUUUGCUGCUAUAAUUGUCUUCAGUGUCCACAGGGCAAGAUCUCAAACCAGGAUGACCUGGAUGACUGCUUUCAGUGUGCAGAAGAUCAAUAUCCCAAUGAGAAGCAGGAUUUGUGCCUCCCAAAAGUUAUAACGUUCUUGAAGUAUGAAGAAACUUUGGGGACUGUUUUGGCAAGUUCAGCUCUUUUCUUUUCUUGGGUCACAAUUGGAGUCCUUUCAAUCUUUAUUAAACAUCAGGACACUCCCAUAGUGAAAGCCAACAACCAGAAUCUCACGUAUGCUCUCCUUAUUGCUCUCCUGUUAUCAUUUUUUUGUACUUUGCUAUUCAUUGGGCAACCUGACAAGGUGACAUGUGUCCUUCGUCAAACUGCCUUUGGCAUCAUCUUCUCUGUGGCCAUUUCUUGUGUGUUGGCCAAAACCAUCAUUGUGGUUCUGGCUUUCAUGGCCACCAGACCAGGUUCCAAGAUGACCCAAUGGGUGGGGAAAAGAUUAGCCAUGUCCAUUGUGUUGGGCUGCUCAUUUAUUCAAGGAAUUAUUUGUGCUACAUGGCUGACAACCUCUCCCCCAUUCCCAGAUGCUGUCACAAAUUCAGUGGCAGAAGAAAUAGUUCUGGUGUGUAACGAAGGAUCCGUCUUCAUAUUCUACUGUGUCUUGGGCUUUAUGGGCUUCCUUGCAAUAAUCAGCUUCACAGUGGCUUUCCUAGCCAGGAAAUUGCCUGAUGCUUUCAAUGAAGCCAAGUUUAUCACCUUCAGCAUGUUAAUCUUCUGCAGUGUUUGGUUGUCCUUUGUUCCAACAUAUCUGAGUGCAAAAGGAAAAUAUAUGGUUGCUGUGGAGAUCUUCUCCAUUAUAGCCUCUAGUGCUGGGUUACUGAUUUGUAUCUUUUCUCCCAAAUGUUAUAUCAUAGUGUUAAGGCCUGAUAUGAACAAGAAAGAUCAGCUAAGAAGACAAAACAAAAGGAUACCAUCUCCAGAAGUCACAGGAGUCUGA